UUAUUGUCGCCUGAGAGCUGCUGUAAUGGCGGUGUCUCGACGCUCUUCGCAGCAGCAGCAACAACAGACAACAUUACAAUCUCCACCAAGAAACGGCUCUCUUUCGGGCGCUCCUCCGACCUCUCCGUCUAUGGCUUUGCUGGCCCCGGCAGUAGCACCACCUGAAAAUGAGAGGGAAUGUAGCGGAGGGAUUGAGAUGGCCCUGGCCUCCCCGGACAUACCAGCCCCGGUCCUAGCGAGCAGUGCGAGCUCCACCACGACAACCUCUGGCGGGGGCAGCAGCGUCUCCAGCCCCGGCUCCAGCGCCACCAGUCCGACUGACGGUAGCAGUGGCGUUGGCGGAGCGUUUAGGGAAUUAUUUGAGGCCUGUAGAAACGGGGAUGUGUCUAGAGUAAAGAGACUUGUAGAUUCGGUUAAUGUAAACGCCAAAGACAUGGCUGGUCGAAAAUCAACUCCGCUUCAUUUCGCUGCGGGUUUCGGUAGAAAAGAUGUGGUGGAGCACCUCUUACAGACUGGAGCCAAUGUUCACGCCAGGGAUGAUGGAGGUCUCAUCCCGUUGCACAAUGCCUGCUCCUUUGGACAUGCAGAAGUUGUCAGCCUCCUCCUGUGUCAAGGGGCAGAUCCAAAUGCCAGAGAUAACUGGAACUACACCCCAUUACAUGAAGCUGCCAUCAAGGGAAAGAUUGAUGUGUGCAUCGUUUUACUCCAGCACGGAGCUGAUCCAAACAUCCGCAACACUGAUGGCAAAUCUGCUCUGGAUCUAGCUGACCCUUCAGCCAAGGCUGUUCUUACAGGCGAAUACAAGAAAGAUGAACUUCUUGAAGCAGCAAGGAGUGGAAAUGAAGAAAAGCUGAUGGCCCUGCUGACCCCAUUAAAUGUCAACUGUCAUGCCAGUGAUGGCCGCAAGUCAACCUCACAAAAAAUGCUGUCGACGCCCCUCCACCUGGCCGCCGGCUACAACCGGGUCCGCAUUGUUCAGCUCCUCCUCCAGCAUGGUGCUGAUGUGCACGCCAAGGACAAAGGGGGCCUGGUUCCUCUUCACAAUGCCUGCUCAUAUGGUCACUUUGAAGUUACUGAGCUUCUGCUUAAACAUGGAGCCUGUGUCAAUGCCAUGGAUUUGUGGCAAUUCACUCCUCUCCACGAGGCUGCAUCCAAGAACAGAGUGGAAGUUUGUUCCCUGUUACUGGGCCAUGGAGCUGAUCCCACCCUACUAAACUGUCACAGCAAGAGCGCGGUGGACAUGGCCCCCACUCCAGAGCUUAAAGAAAGACUCACCUAUGAGUUUAAAGGUCACUCGCUGCUGCAGGCGGCCCGUGAAGCCGACAUGGCCAAAGUGAAAAAGACACUGGCCAUGGAGAUCAUUGGCUUCAAACACCCUCAAACCAACGAGACAGCUCUGCACUGUGCUGUGGCGUCCCCCCACCCGAAGCGAAAGCAAGUGACUGAGUUGUUGCUGCGUAAAGGUGCCAACAUUAACGAGAAGAACAAAGACUUCAUGACUCCCCUGCAUGUUGCUGCUGAGAGAGCCCACAAUGACAUCCUGGAGGUGCUUCAGAAACAUGGAGCAAAGGUGAAUGCUGCAGACACACUCGGGCAGACGGCUCUUCACAGAGCUGCGCUGGCCGGUCACAUCCAGACCUGCAAGCUGCUGUUGAGCUAUGGAGCUGACCCCUCCAUCGUGUCUCUGCAGGGAUUCACUGCUGCUCAGAUGGGUAAUGAGGCUGUACAACAGAUCCUAAAUGAAAAUGUCCCCACGCGCAAUUCUGAUGUGGACUACAGAUUCCUGGAAGCUGCCAAAGCCGGGGAUCUGGACACAGUGCAGCAACUUUGCACCCCCCAGAAUGUAAACUGCCGGGACUUGGAAGGCCGCCACUCCACUCCUCUCCACUUUGCAGCUGGCUACAACCGAGUGGCAGUUGUGGAGUACCUUCUUCACCAUGGAGCUGAUGUUCAUGCCAAAGACAAGGGUGGUCUGGUUCCCCUCCACAAUGCAUGCUCUUAUGGUCACUAUGAAGUGGCUGAACUGCUGGUCAGACAUGGCGCUUCAGUCAACGUGGCAGACCUUUGGAAGUUCACCCCACUUCAUGAGGCUGCAGCCAAAGGAAAAUAUGAGAUCUGCAAACUCCUUCUUAAACAUGGAGCAGACCCCACCAAGAAGAACCGGGAUGGCAACAUUCCUCUGGACAUGGUCAAAGAUGGAGACACAGACAUACAGGACCUGCUGCGGGGUGAUGCCGCCCUGCUAGAUGCUGCUAAGAAAGGCUGCCUGGCCCGAGUGCAGAAGCUUUGUUCCCCAGAGAACAUCAACUGCAGAGACGCUCAGGGCCGCAACUCCACACCUCUUCACCUGGCAGCUGGUUAUAACAACCUGGAGGUGGCAGAGUAUCUGCUGGAGCAUGGGGCUGAUGUCAAUGCCCAGGACAAAGGGGGGCUUAUACCUCUUCAUAAUGCAGCUUCUUAUGGGCAUGUGGACAUUGCAGCCCUAUUGAUCAAGUACAACACAUGUGUGAAUGCUACAGACAAAUGGGCUUUCACACCUCUCCAUGAGGCAGCCCAGAAAGGUCGCACACAACUCUGCGCUCUGCUGCUGGCUCACGGAGCUGACCCCACCAUGAAGAACCAGGAAGGACAGACUGCUCUGGACCUGGCCACGGCUGAUGAUAUCCGAGCCUUACUGAUGGACGCCAUGCCACCAGAUGCCUUGCCCAGCUGCUUCAAGCCUCAAGCCACAGUGGUCAGCGCUUCAGUCAUCUCGCCUGCCUCUACACCAUCCUGUCUUUCAGCUGCCAGCAGCAUAGACAACCUGGCCGGGCCCCUCACUGAGCUGGCUGCAGCUGCUUCCGCAGCUGGGACCUCUGGGGUAGCAGAUGGAGCUACUGGCACUGACCGCAAGGAAGGGGAAAUGGCAGUGCUGGACAUGAACAUAAGUCAGUUCAUGAAGAGCCUUGGCCUGGAGCACCUAAGGGACAUAUUUGAGAGGGAGCAGAUCACACUGGACGUGCUGGCCGACAUGGGCCACGAGGAACUGAAGGAGAUCGGGAUUAAUGCAUAUGGCCACCGACACAAACUUAUCAAGGGUGUUGAGAGGCUGCUGGGUGGCCAGCAAGGUGCCAACCCAUACCUGACGUUCCACUGUGCCAACCAGGGCACCAUCCUGAUAGACCUCGCUACUGAUGACAAAGAGUAUCAGUCUGUAGAAGAGGAGAUGCAGAGCACCAUCAGGGAGCACAGAGAUGGAGGCAACGCUGGUGGCGUCUUCAGCAGAUACAACAUCAUUAAGAUCCAGAAGGUGGUAAAUAAAAAGCUGAGGGAACGUUACACCCAUCGGCAGAAGGAGAUUGCAGAUGAGAACCACAACCAUCACAACGAGCGGAUGUUGUUUCACGGUUCUCCUUUUAUUAAUGCCAUCAUCCACAAAGGCUUUGAUGAGCGUCAUGCCUACAUAGGAGGAAUGUUUGGAGCGGGGAUCUACUUUGCAGAGAACUCCUCAAAGAGCAAUCAAUACGUUUAUGGCAUCGGUGGAGGCACGGGAUGUCCAACGCACAAAGACAGGUCUUGCUACUUGUGUCACAGGCAAAUGUUGUUCUGCCGAGUGACUUUAGGGAAGUCCUUCUUGCAGUUCAGUGCCAUGAAGAUGGCUCAUGCCCCUCCAGGACAUCAUUCAGUAAUCGGUCGGCCCAGCGUCAAUGGUUUAGCCUAUGCUGAGUAUGUCAUCUACAGAGGAGAGCAGGCCUACCCAGAGUACCUCAUCACCUAUCAGAUCCUUAAACCAGAGAGUGCAGCCCAGUCAGCUGCAGCAGCGGAGCAGAAGUCGUAGUUACUUCACUCUGUGCACACUCACAUGAGGACUUGAUGCUUGUUAUUUUCUCCUUUGUAUUGCAAAUGUCUGAACACAUUUUUCAUUACCAAACACAUUUCCGGUCUCCUGCCAAGUAGAGCCCAUGGUGACCAGUGCUUCAUGAGCAGAUAUGCUGUACAAUACUCUCUUCAUGGUGAUAUUUAGUUUUUUGCAUCGGCUGCAUGUUAGUACAGAAGCAUGUAAAGCCCAAUAGCGUGCGUGGGUUAGUACUUUGAGUAUUGUUACCCUUCACCCCCCACCCCCUCCUUUUACCAAUCAGGAGGAUGCUUGUUGAGCCUUUGAAGUAUCAGCAUUAAUAGUUUGCCACUCUUUGUUGCCUCAUGCCUUGCCACUGUGGAGAGUCACAAACACCUUCUCCCUCAUUACCAACCUCCAGAUGCCCACACCCAGUCUUACCAUGACAACCUGAAACCUGUGAACUACUACAACCUUUAUAGACUGAGUUUUAUCCUCUAUAGACUGGUCUGUGGUGACUGUGAUUUUUUUUUUUUGUUUUUUUUUGUUUUUUUUUUUUGGCUUAACCAUAACACUACCAGACAGAUAACAGUAUGUGGUUACUGUGCUGUAAAACUUAUUCUGCUAACUUUUAUCACAUGAACUCUACAUACAGUGAACUGUUACAUUUCUUAGUGGUUUUAUUUGGGCUGCAGACUGAAAGGAUGGGUUUUUGUAUAAAUCACAAAAUUAUAGACCAGUUUAACAAUGUUACAAUAUUGAUUUGCAUGAGAAGAUAUGUUCUUAAGGGAGCAAUGUAAGGCAUCAUAAUUUCACAUGAUGAAACUAUUGUAUAUUAAAAGCAUUACAUACGACUGUGCUCCUUACAGUAGAGUGGGUAGAUGUUGAAAUGUGCUUGUGAUGCCUUACAAGUGAAUAACUGAUUCAAUGAGCUCAUCAAGGCACCUUUUCUGUCACCUUGGUCUUGCAGACAUUCAUGCAUAUGGAUUUGCACUUUUACAUAAAAACCUAUUUAAGUUAUUUUGAAUUCAAAUUGAAAAUUUGCAAGGGAAAAAUAUUUGUACAGGUUGUGUAAAUUGUUGUGUAUAACUGUUGCUGUUUAACAGUAUCUUCAAUUUAAAAUGUAAAUGACAUCUGAUUUUUCUUUCAUGCCUUCUUGAUUUUUUUUUUAAUAAAUGUCCCAUUAACGUC